CGGCGGUAGCCAGCGCCCCUCUCUCGCCGUCGCGUCGUGCGACUACAAAUACCCACGCAACACAGCGUCAGCGUGGCCAUCGCGUCCGCGCACACGGCACAGCCAGCUUAGUACGUUUGGCUACCUAUCACGCGCGCGCUAAUCUCCCGCGCUCCCGGCAUGGCUCUGUCGACGCGGCGCGUCUGCGUGCUCCUGCUGCUGGUCCUCCUCGGCCUCGCGGCGACCUCCAACCGCGCGCGCGCGGCGCGAGUAGUCCCCGCCGCAGGCGCCGCGGCUCUUCGUCGCGAAGAAGGCGAGGCGCCUGCGGCCGUUCACCGCGGACGCCGCGGGGUUCCUCGCAUCGGCCGCGGCGGCGGAGUCGGUGGCGGUGGCGUCACCGUACCCGUCGAGCAUGUCGCUAGACGGAGACUCCAGGAGCACGAGCACCUCAACGAGGAGAUGCUGCCGUCGUUCAGCGGCGGUGGCGGCUCUCGCGGCGGCGGCGUCUCUUCCGGUGGCUCUUCCCGUGGAGGCGGCAGCUCGAUCGGCUCCGGUGGCGGUUCACGUGGCAGCGGUGGCGGCUCCAGCUCAGGUUCACGCGGCGCCGGCGGCACUGAAUCCGGCCGACGCUUCAUCCCGCCAAUUAUCCCCGCCGUCCCGGGGGGCGGUGGCGGCGGCUGCAGCGGCAGCGGCAGUAGCUCUGGCCGCCGCGGCGUUUGGAACGUGGGAGUCGCCGCAGCCUCGGUCCUCGCCGUCGCCUGGCUCGUGUAGGAUGCUGCUGCGUGACUCGGGCGGUAGCUGCGACGCCGUCUCGCCGAUGCAGAAUCAUCAAUAAUUGUGGUGUGAUCGCCGUAUUUAGGUUUGCCAUGCACACGGGCAGUGUACCGACGUGCAUCGGUGCAUGUAGUGGUUUUAAUUUUCGCCUGGUCUGGAUGUGGCUGGGUAGGUCAUAUCGUUAGUGCGUCGAUGUGGUUCGGUAGGUCAUAUAUAUAUUGUUAGUGCGUCGUUGUGUUAGAUUAGUGCAUGUGUGCGUGAUAUAUAAAUUUUACUCUAAGAAUUUUGGUUUCUCGA